AUGGCCGGGCUGGUGAACUUCGAGGAUGAGGAGGAGGUGCGGGCCUACCUGGAGAACCUGCACGUCGAGUACAGCUACGAGUGCUUCGAGGAGAAGGACCCGGACGGUGAGCGGAAGGACUUCGUGGCGGCGGCGCGGGGGCUGCGCGACAACUGCGAGGCGCAUGGGCACAGCGAGAGCUGCUACAAGCUGGGGGCCUACCAGGCCGUCGGCAAAGGUGGACUCGACCCAGAUCUGAAAGCUGCCUACAGCUCCUUUCUGAAGUCGUGUGAGAAAGGUGGGAAGAAGUCAAUAAAUGCGUGUCACAACGUUGGGCUGUUGGCCCACGAUGGGAGAGUCAACGAUGAUAAACCUGACCCCGUUGUCGCUAAAGACUAUUACACAAAAGCCUGUGAUGGCGAUUUUGCUCCCAGCUGCUUCAACCUCAGUGUGCUGUACCUCCAGGGAGCACCCGGCAUCCCGAAGGACAUGAGCCGUGCUUUGAAGUACUCACUGAAGGGGUGUGAGCUUGGUCACAUCUGGGCUUGUGCCAACGCCAGUCGAAUGUACAAACUGGGAGAUGGCAUCGAGAAGAACGAUGCUAAGGCAGAGGAUUUGAAAAACAGGGCAAAACAGUUGCAUAAAGAACAGAAAGAAGCCCCAUAUUCUUUAACGUUUGGGGAGUAA